UCACGAGCGAUAUCCAUCAGGACAGAGAGCUCAGCCACCGGGCUGCUGAGUCCAGUAUUUGUUACAGGGGACAUUAGCAAUGAGUGGCGUCAUGAAUUUUAAAAACUGCGGCUCUGUGCUGGUUACGGGAGCCAGCCGAGGUCUCGGGCUGCAGAUAGUCGACAGCCUGGCGAGCGGAGGUUUCUCACCCGGCAAGAUUAUAGCGACGACCAGAGACUCCACGCGCUCGCAGAAGCUUCAGGAACUGGCAGAGAAACAUCCCAACAUCUAUGUCAUCACUUUGGACGUAGUGAACCAGGACAGUAUAGAGAAGUCUGUGGAAGAGGUGGGCCGGCUGGUACAAGAAGACGGUUUGAACUGCCUGAUCAACAAUGCAGGGAUCAACGUGAUGGCCGACUUUCAUACCGUUACUGCAGAGAAGAUGAUAGAAAACUUCCACACUAAUGCUGUGGCUCCUCUAAUGAUCACCAAGGCCUUCCUGCCUCUGUUGAAGCAAGCUGCGUCUAGAGGAGGAGUGGGUGGCACAGGGAGCAUGGGCAUCCAGAGGGCAGCAGUCAUUAACAUGUCCUCUUCGUUGGGCUCUGUGGAGCUCAACUGGGGGGAACGGGCCAACAACUUCAAAUGGUACCCCUACAGGACAUCCAAGAGUGCCCUAAACAUGGUGAGUCGCUGUAUGGCUGUUGACCUGGAGCCUGAUGGGAUUCUGUGUAUGGCUAUACACCCUGGCUGGGUCCGCACUGACAUGGGGGGGUCUGAGGCUCCACUGAGUCCAGAGGAGAGCAUUUCUUCCGUCUUGUCUGUGAUUGGUGGACUGACUGAAAAGGAUCAUGGGUCAUUUCUGAACUUUACAGGAGAGGUGUUGCCAUGGUAACCCUGAUUAUAAGCACUACUAAUGGAUCAUAAUGGCUAUUGAUUCAGUUUAUGAGCAGCUUCAACUAUGCAAAGAAACAUAUCAAUGACUCAGAGUACACAGUGUUAAAUCUUAGUCAGGCUCUACCUUUUAAUAGAAAUGGUGUGUAUUUCACCUUAAGACAACUAUAUAAAGAACAACAGUAUUUGCUUCCUUAUAGAGAUUACUUGAUUAUUCAUAAGUAUUGUAGAUUGUGUGGUGUGUGUCAUUUAAGCAAUAUCACACGAGAGAGAGUGAUGUUAUACUCGUAUAUCGUCACGGCUGUGAUUCGGUCAUAGAAGACAGUCAAACAAGACUUUGUUAAAGUUUUAACGGGAGUGAGAGUGUAUGUGUUUGAAAAGGUCUGUAGUACAAAAAUGUGUUAAAAAUGCUAUUUUCAGAUGUUUAUUGUUUAGAGCAUUAACUUUGGCACAGUUGCUGUGAAACAGUAAUAAAAGUUUGAAU